CUAACCGCCCCGCCCCCCUCCUGUCCGCCAUCCGGUCCGAGUCCCCGGUCUGACUGUUCGCUGACUCAGUGCCUUAAAGCAGCAUCACCGUCCAUCCGAGCAGAAGCCCAGCAUCGUCUGCGGAGAAACCCAACUUCAGCCAUGGCUAAAACAGUGACCGCAUACAAAGAGAAGAUGAAGGAGCUGUCCGUCCUCUCCCUCAUCUGCUCCUGCUUCUACCCAGAGGCACGCAAGAAGCUCGUCUGCGAGUUUGAAGACAUGGAGGUGAAGUCUAUAGACAAGCGAGCCUCGGGACAGGCCUUCGAGGUGAUUCUCAAGCCCUUGUCUCCAGUGUCGGAUGUAGCCCACAGCCUUCCCUCACCCCCAAAGAGGGAUAUCUCCUUGGAGGAUAUUGAGAAGAAGCUGGAGGCCGCCGAAGAGAGAAGAAAGUACCAAGAGGCCCAGGUGCUGAAGGUCCUGGCAGAAAAGCGAGAGCACGAGAGGGACGUGUUACUAAAGGCUAUGGAGGAGAACAGCAACUUCAGCAAGAUGGCUGAGGAGAGGCUCCAGAUGAAGAUGGAGCAGAUUAAGGAGAACCGUGAAGCCCACCUGGCAGCCAUGAUGGAGCGCCUAAUGGAGAAGGAGAAGCAUGCCAACGAAGUGCGCAAGAACAAAGAGCUGAGGGAAGUGUUGCUAGCAUGAGCGUCUCACAAAUCCUGACUUCUGUCCGUCCAUCAACGACUUGUCCCCAACCUCUCCGAAACAGACAGUUUACCCUGAAGGCUGAGAGGCUCAAGGAUCUCACCUUUACAUCACUGCACCUUCUAUCACGACAAAAUACUCACAACUAUCAAUAGAAAUAAUACAAACUU